AAAGUUCAGUUAAACAAGUUGAUAAGCUCAGAACUAGCUAUGAACCCCAUGAUGUUUAUGAUGAUAAACGUCAUGAGAAGAGGCAAAGAUAGUCUGUAAUUGAUUAAAUUAAACAUGAUUAAGUUUUUUUUCUUCAUCAUCUUUGCAUUUACUGUUUCUAACUCCAGGAGUCACUCAGAAUCCAUGCUCAAUUCCAUGUCGUUUUUUUUCAUGGUAAAACUUUUUUUCUCACCAAUGAUCAUGUUCAAUUCAUGUUGGAAUAAGAUUAUACUGAAAUAAUCGAUUUUUUGUUUAUCAUCUCUCUAUCUCUAUCUCUUUUCUUAUUCACCACUCGGUUUAAUUCAGUUUCAUAUCGGAUUCUUGCUCAUCAUCAUCAUUAUCAUUAUCAUUAACUCAUUAUAACUUUAUCUUAAUAGUUUGAGAAACAACAGUGUGAUUAUAUAUUAAACGACAACAAUUACAACCAUUGUAAACAAAUCGAAAUCAAUAAGUUAUCCAUUAAUCAUCAUUAACUAUUAAUCAACAUACUCAGCAUUAUUUUGACUCAUUAUCACCACAAUAAGAAUAAUUAAUCAAAGUUAAUCCAAGUUCAGAGUUCCGAAGGGAUUGAAAAAAAAAGUUCAGUGAACAUUAAUUGUGAUUCCAUGUGAUUUACCUUCCAGUGGACUGACUGGACACUUGAUCACCUUUAAUCCUCAAUCUCAGGACAAUAUUCGUACUUAACAAUCAACUUAAAUCACUUUACAGUCUCAAUUACUUUCUCUUUAUCAACACUCAGCUUAAUACCAUUGAACAUCAUCAUCAUCUUAUAAUCAAGUGUGACAAUCGGUUGCAAAUCAUUCAAAUAGAUGAAACAGCGAGAGAGAGAGAAGGAGAAAGAACAAUAUUAUCUUCAUCAACUAUCAUCAUCUUUAUCAAGUUCACCAUUUUAUCAUGUAAACACUUCUCAUCUUCCAUCAAUUGAAUAUCAGAUUGAAUGAGAAACUCAAAAUAGUGAUAUAAAUAACCACCACAGUGAGGAAGUAAAAAAAAGUGUCAAAGAAAAGUGAAAACGAUAUUAUUAUAACCAUGGAAAAGAUGAUAAAAGCCAAGGAAUUGUUGGAAAAAGUUCCGUCGUCAUCUUUGUCUCCAUUAAAGUUCAGUGAGGUGAUAAAAGUGUAAUCAUCAUUUGAUAAAAGUUCUGACAAAAGGAAAAGGAAACAAAAGUUAUUAUAAUUAAAAAUCGAACUACAAAAGAAAAACAAAUUCACUUCAUCUUAUCAAUUCUUUUCUCUCUCUCUCGUUCUCACACAUUCUCAACAUUCUUAUAAUUACCAAAUCAUCUUCCCAUUCAUUUACUUCAUUUACAUAUUAUCAUCAUGGAACCUGCAGGAAUAAGUGACACUUUCAAUCAACUUCGAAUUCAACUUCACCUUCAGUCUCUUCAAACGUCAUUAUCGUCAACUGGACAUCUCCAGUCAGAUUCCAUUUCGGUGGUAUCCUCAGAAUCAUUAAAUUCUGUUGAGGAUCUUGCUUUUGGACAAUUUUCGAACAACAAUUCACAUCAUUGUGAGAACAAUUCAUCAUCAACCAAUGUUUCCAUCUAUUCAUCUUUUGAUGCUUGUUCGUUUCAAAACGUCGAGGAAGUUGUUCAAAUCAUUGUUCCACUUGUAUUUGCAAUCAUUGUUAUCAUUGGACUUUUAGGUAAUUCACUUGUGGUCAUCGUAGUCCUUUGGGAUGUCCAAAUGAGAUCAACUACAAACGUCCUCAUCUUUAAUCUCGCCGUUGCUGAUUUACUUUUCAUCGUUUUCUGUGUUCCCUUUACGGCAACCGAUUACGCUUUAGCAUAUUGGCCUUUUGGUGACAUUUGGUGUCGAAUUGUUCAAUAUUUAAUCUAUGUUUCAGCUUAUGCUUCCAUUUACACUUUGGUUCUAAUGUCACUAGAUCGUUUUAUGGCCGUGGUUCAUCCCAUUGCCUCUCUUUCCAUCCGAACUGAGGCCAAUGCCUAUCGAGCCAUAACCUUCCUUUGGAUAGCAAUAAUACUACUCUGUCUUCCCACUCUGGUAGUUCAUCAAGUUCAUCGAGCUAGUGAACAAGAAAACGAUCACGUGUGCCACGUAAAUUCAAUUGAUAAUAAAAUUUUCGCACCUUCCGUGUUCCUAUCAUCUUAUGCGAUCCCAUUAACUCUUGCCUUUAUACUUUAUGUUUGCAUGUUAAAACGCCUUUGGCAUAAUGAUAUUAGAACUGGUCGAUCGGUUCGAAAUAAACGUAAAGUUACCAGAAUGGUGGUUGUUGUUGUAGUUAUUUUUGCUAUCUGUUGGGGACCCAUUCAUAUUGUUCUAACUCUUCGAUCACAAGGACUUUUCGAACCUGAUUCCAAGUUUAAACUUGUCAGUCUCAUAGUAUCACAAGUUCUGGCCUACAUUAAUUCUUGUAUUAAUCCGAUCCUUUAUGCUUUCCUAUCGGAAAAUUUUCGUAAAGCUUUUCGAAAGGUUAUCUCAUGUAAACCUGGACCUGGAUCACGUCGAACCAGAAGUGGAUCAGCUAAAGAAGGUGAAACCAAUCGAAUGGAGGAAAUUACAACGGCAACUUUUCAAACAACCAAACGAAUCGAACUAACCAAUGGAUGUGUAUAAAAAAUCGACGAAAAGUAUCACAAAAUGUACCUAAAAGUUAAGAUCAAAAGUUUACCAAAAAACGAAAAAUUUUUAUUUUUAAAGAAAAAACGAUAACAUGAUAAAUACGAAGAAGAAAACGAAUCUCAUAACCUUCAUUACCAACGAUUUGUGGACGAAACUCGAGCCACAGAUAAUCUGUACAUCUAUUAAAUGGAGAACUCUUCAAG